UCAAACACACAACACACAACACAACAAUGGCAACUGCACGGUGCAGCUCCUCCAUCCUUCUGAGGACCAAGACCACCCUGCGACCGGCCUCAGCACCUCAUCAACAAAACCCUUCGUCCACCUACACCUCCAUUAUUCAGAACUCUCGCAACCUAAUAAGCACCGCAAGAAACAAGACAAUUCACACAACAACAAUGGCAUCGACGGCACGGUGGAGCACCUCCCUCUUAAACAAAUAUUCUGUCCUCCGUCCGAGGACCCCGAUCCUGCCACCGGCCUUAGCACCUCAGCCACAACCCCCUCUAUCCACUUACAGCACCACCGUUCAUCACUCUAUUUCUCGAAGCACUGCAACAAUCAAGAAAAAACACGCAACAAGGAGAGUGGAAGCUACCAUUGAAGAAAAGGAGGUGUCACUCGAGUUCCCCUUCUUCCGCGUCUACAAAGACGGCGGGGUGGAGUCACUCCAUUCCACACCAGUAUUCUAUCCUCCCUGCGACGUUAAAGACGCCGUCAUUUCUUCCGAUGCAUGUGCACCUGUCACCGCUCGUAUCUUCCUCCCAAAAACACCCAACCCCAACAACAAACUCCCUGUCUUGCUCUUCUUCCAUGACAGCGGCUUCUGCGCCAGUUCCGCCUUCACCGAGGAAUACAGUAACCACGUCGCCGCCAUUGCCAACGAAGCCAAGGUCCUUGCGGUCUCCGUAGAGUACGCUAAGUUCCCGGCUCGAUCACCGCCCGAGUGCUACGAAGACGCCUGGAGAUCUCUCGAGUGGGUCGUGUUGCACAAGGGCGGGGAUGGGCCAGAGCCCUGGCUUAACGAGCUUGCCGACCUGCAGCGUGUUUUCAUCGCCGGAAGCGGCACCGGCGGUAACCUCUCGCACUGGGUGGCUAGCCUAGUGGGAAAAACAGUGUUACCGAGGGGUGUGAGUGUGGAGGGUUCGAUUCUGGUGCACCCUUUCUUUGGUGGAAUAGGGGACGAUGAUCAGUGGCUGUUCAUGUGCAAGGAGAAGAACGGGCCGGAGGAUCCGAGGCUGAAGCCGACGGUGGAGGAUUUACAGAGUCUUGGGUGUAAGAGGGUUUUGGUGUGUGUGGCGGAGAAGGAUCCUUUGCUGGUUGCCGGAAGGAACUACGUUACGGCGCUGAAGAAGAGUGGUUGGAGUGGAAGUGUUGAGCUCGUUGAGAAUCAGGGUUUGGGACAUUGCGAGCAUGUUUAUAAGCCUUAUGAAGACAGUUCUCGUGAGGUCUUGAAAAAGAUUGCUUCUUUUAUCAAUGAAAAGAAUUGCUGCUGUUAGCUUACUCAUGUUGACGUGGGAGAAAUUGAAUUUAUGUUGGUUUCUUUGUUGUUUUGAAAAAGAUUGCUUCUUUUAGAAUAAGUGAGUGUAGGUCUCACUCAUAAUGCAUGGUGUGGUUAGGCGAUAUCAUGAUUCAUGACUUGCCAUUGCCAUGCACAUGUGCCUCCUUUAAUUAAUAUUUUGUUCGCCUAAAUACGAAAAUACUUGUCUUUCAACUUUUA